AUGGUAGAUGAUAAGAUACAAGGUGAGUAUGUUCCAGCAAAAAGACGAAGAAAGGUGAGCAAGGCUUGCGUCUUUUGUAGAAGGUCACAUAUGAUUUGUGAUGACCAGCGGCCAUGUUCUCGUUGUAUCAAGAGGGACAUUGGACACCUGUGUCAGAGUGAGAAAGUGCAUGCUAUUAUAUCUACAGCCUCUGGUGUUAAUGGGAUAGAUAUCAAUGAAAUUCAAUCUCAGGCUACUUCUAAAGCAGAACAGAACUUUGAUGUUCAAGCGGUGCCGGAUCAUUUACUUCCAACUCUUCCAGCGCAGUACCAGCCGGUGAAUAAGACAGGUAACAACAUGCUGUCGCAGAAUCCUAAGUUUGUUAGUGAACAUGUUGGCUCUGAAUUUUCUUCGUUGAACGAGUUUUUGACUAUGUUGGAAGAUCCAAUGUUAAUGGAGCCCACGCCCUCACCUGCCCCUGUACCAACGACGACGACGAGUGCUUCAGAUGGCCAGGUGCAGCCUCCAGUAGUACCUAGGAUUCGGUCAUCAGGUCUGAAUAUAAUGACGAAAAUUUCUGAAGGGAUGCAGCUUGCUCAAGAGCAACCUACCGCGAAGGAGAACUUCUUUUUAACUGCAGCAGAUCCGUCGACAGAGGUAGAUCCAGAGGAUCGACUUAAGCUGGUGAUAAACGCCAAGCUGGAAGCUGGACUUCUACAGCCAUAUAACUAUUCGCAGGGAUAUUCAAGAUUACAGAGCUAUAUGGAUAAGUACAUGAAUCACUCGUCUAGACAGCGUAUCUUGAAGCCUCUAUCUACAAUAAGACCUGCUUUCAGGGCUAUCGCAAGAUCCCUAAAAGAUGUGGACCUCGUACUUGUGGAGGAGAGUUUUGAACGAAUGUUGCUUUCUUAUGACCGGGUAUUUACAUCGAUGUCCAUGCCCGCAUGCUUGUGGAGGCGAACAGGUGAAAUAUACCGCGGCAACAAGGAGUUUGCCUCUCUUGUAGGUUGUACUGUGGAUGACUUGCGAGAUGGCAAGAUUGCAAUUUAUGAACUGAUGACUGAAGAGAGUGCGGUUAAUUUCUGGGAGAAGUACGGUUCUAUCGCUUUCGAUAAAGGACAAAAAGCUGUGUUGACGAGUUGUAAUUUAAGAUCUAAAGAUGGCAGACGACGUAGGCCAUGCUGCUUCAGUUUUACCAUCAGAAGGGAUCGGUACAAUAUACCCAUUUGUAUUGUGGGCAACUUCAUCCCCAUAUCAUAG